GAAGGAAUUAAACAAUUUCCCAAAGCUUUGCAAUUUAAUGGCAUUAGUCAGUUUUUUUGAAGUUUUCUUGCCUCUCGUUUGCUUUCUGUUUCUAUACUGCUCGAGAAACAAAGAUGGGAGUCCAAGGAGUUAUCCGAUUGUUGGGAUGAUGCCGGCGCUGCUCCUCAACGUUCAUCGGAUUCACGAUUGGUGUACCGAGAUUCUCGAGAGAUGCCACUGCACUUUCCUUUUCAAAGGCCCUUGGUCUGCUAACAUGAACCUGAUGCUGACCUGCGACCCUGCCAACAUUCACCACGUUAUGAGCUCCAACUUUGCCAACUUCCCCAAAGGAUCCGAGUUCAAACAGUUGUUCGACAUACUGGGAGACGGUAUUUUCAACUCCGACAUGGAUCUGUGGAAAAAACAGAGGACGGUUGCUCAAGGAUUCAUGAGAACUCACCGAUUUCAUAAUUUUUUGUCGAGGACUUCCCAUUAUAAGGUGGCACACGGGCUCGUUCCUGUUAUGGACCAUUUUGUCAAACGAGGUCUAGUGGCAAACUUGGAAGAUAUAUUCCAAAGGUUCACGUUCGAUUCUACAUGCAUCUUGGUUACUGGCCAUGACCCUAGAUCCCUCUCCGUCGAAUUCCCGGAAGUUCUUUUCACCAAGGCCCUGGAUGAUGCCGAGGAAGCGAUAUUUUAUCGGCAUGUCAGGCCACCAUGGUUUAUUAAGUUGCAGAGGUGGCUGAACAUGGGACAAGAACGGAAAUAUGGAAAGGCGUGGCAUGUUCUUGAUGAUAUAAUAGCCGAAUAUAUAUGGCAGAAGAGGAAAGAUUUGAACCGAGGGUCGAAUUCGACAUCAGAAAUCGUCGAAGAAGGCGUGGAUCUAUUAACAUCGUACAUAACCGAAGAGAAGUCAAUAGGUUUAGAAUGUGACGAUAAAUUCUUGAGAGACACCAUUUUGAGUAUGAUGCUUGCAGGGAGGGACACCACAAGCUCUGCUCUUACUUGGUUCAUUUGGCUGGUUUCCCGUCACCCGAUAGUCGAAAACAAGAUCAUAGAAGAGCUUCAAUCGAAAAUAACCGAAGAAGAAACCGGAAAGAAGCGAUUGUUCAAGGCUGAGGAAGUAAAGAAUUUGGCUUAUCUACAUGGAGCAUUAUGUGAGGCCUUGAGGUUAUAUCCACCACUUCCUUUUCAGCACAAGGAACCACUCAAACCAGACGUGCUUCCUAGUGGGCAUGCGGUUCAUCCAAAUAUGAAAAUCUUGUUCAACAUGUAUUCAAUGGGAAGGAUGAAGUCGAUCUGGGGGGAAGAUUGCUGUGAAUUCAAGCCUGAGAGAUGGAUUGACGAGCGAGGAGGUAUUAAACAUGAGCCAUCGUUCAAGUUCUUGUCUUUCAAUGCAGGGCCAAGGACAUGUUUAGGGAAGGAAGUUGCUUUUGUUCAGAUGAAAUCCGUGGCAUCGGCUAUAGUCUACAAUUAUCGUAUCUGUGUAUCGGAUGAAACUCCAGUUGUUCCGGCUGUAUCCAUCAUCUUGCACACCAAGGAUGGACUGAUGGCUAAGAUUUCCACUAGAUGGGACUAAAUGCUUGGUUGAAAGCCUGUUAUUAUUAUUAUUAUAAUCGCCGUCGUCGUCGCUUUCGUGGUCGUCUGAAAUCUGGGAUUGUUAAUUUCAAAUGUAGUUUUUAUUUUCUAUCUUUUCCACUCUGAAAUCUAGCAAGUCACGAAGAAUGAUCCACUCGGUUAUUAAUCGGUGCUUACGUAAAGAAUAAUGGAGUAAUACCAAAAGAUGAUUCUAAUGUUUGUUUAAA